CUGAUGUCGUCAUCAGCAAGCUCUCAAGUGUGGCUGGCAAGCAAUAAGCCACACGUUUUCAAGUGAAUUUAAUGCUGUUAGCACAUUCGCUACUCGCCUAUCUGACAGCAUAAGAUGUCUUCACUGCUCAAAGUGGAUAAUGAAAUUAAAACUAAGGUUGAUGCAUUUAGAGAACGUAUCACUGCAGAGGCUGAGGACCUAGUUGCAAAUUUUUUCCCAAAGAAGUUACUGGAACUCGAUCACUUCCUUAAGGACCCAAUUAUAAAUGUAACAGAGCUGAAGGAGAUCCAUUCUGAGAUAAACCUGACUGUGCCUGACCCCAUCCUGCUGUCAAACCUCCACGAUGGAAUCGACGGACAAAACGCCAAAAAGAGAAAGCUGGAGGACGAGGAUGCCGGGGAUAAGGUGACUGGCACCAAGGUGUUUGUCAUGCCCGGUGGGAUGAUGAAGAGCAACGGCAACCUUGUUCUUCUUAUAGAAAAGGUCAAACCGGAGAUCCGAACGCUCAUAGAGAAAUGUAACACAGUAAAAAUGUGGGUGCAGCUGCUCAUUCCCAGGAUAGAGGACGGCAACAACUUUGGGGUGUCCAUCCAGGAGGAGACCGUUGCUGAGCUCCGAACGGUGGAAGGGGAGGCGGCAGCUUUCCUGGACCAGAUAUCCAGAUAUUACAUCACUCGAGCAAAGCUGGUUUCCAAAAUAGCAAAAUACCCCCAUGUGGAGGACUACCGGCGUACGGUAUCGGAAAUUGACGAGAAGGAAUACAUCAGUCUGAAGAUCAUCGUAUCGGAGCUCAGAAAUCAAUACGUGACGUUACACGACAUGAUCCUGAAGAACAUCGAGAAGAUCAAGAGGCCACGCAGCUGUAACGCCGACGCCUUGUACUGAUCGCCGCUGCCGCCAAACUCCCCGCCGCCACCUUAGAGGCUCCGUCAUUUCAGUACAAUCAAAACAAACCCCAAACACGGACACAACUCCUGUUUUUUUUUAAAUGUACAAUGCUUUUUUUCUUGUUUUAAACCUUUCAGAGACGAAAGAACUUGUGUAAGACGCAUUCUCAGCGACGGUGUCUUUUUUUUCCUUUUAAUUAAAGAAGGUUAAGUACGCACAUGCUGGUGGAAUGGUUUCAUUUUAAGCUCUCACCACAAGGGUCCCAUGCCGCCUCUGCUGCUGCCCCCCACACCCCGGGACGCUUUUACUGUCUUCUGGAUCUGAAGGAUCGUCCAGGCUUCACAUGGAAUGUUUUACAUUGUUCAGUCGGCUUGUAGGUCAAAGAUCACUUCAGUAUCAUGAAAUAU